AUGUAUUCUUCGGGCUUUCCGGACGAUAACAACACGUACGUUGGCCAAGAAGAUCUUCAGCCCACAAGCGUGGCGGGUCAGGCGCCGGACACGACAGCAGAAAAGGCAUCGUCGAAGGCGGGAGAGAAGGCAGCCUUCGAUGGGCCCGGAGACGAUAUCGAAGAGGCAAGAGAGGAGGCCGAAAGCGAAGACCAUGAGGCAGAAGAAGAGUGCGAUGAUGAUGCCAACAGGGACCUUGAGAAAGGCCAAGCGCUGAAGAGACAGCAGACGGGCACCUCUACCAAAAGCGUAAACCAGGUGACCUGGGAUGGACCCGACGAUGAGGAGAACCCGAAGAACUGGAAGAACAAUCGCAAGUGGGCAGCUGUCCUGGUAGUAUCUUCUUUCACCUUCAUCUCGCCCGUAUCCAGCACGAUGGUGGCACCAGCGCUGCCAAACAUGGCGGCAGACUUGGGUAUCACCAAUCAGGUGCUUUCGCAGAUGAUGCUCUCGAUCUUUGUCUUAGCUUACGCGAUCGGACCUUUAUUUCUUGGCCCGUUGAGUGAGGUAUAUGGAAGAGUACCGGUCUUGCAGCUCGGUAAUAUCUUCUUCCUCAUUUUUAAUCUUGUUUGUGGGUUUGCACAGACUGGUGCUCAGAUGUUGGUCUUCCGGUUCUUAGCAGGCAUUGGAGGUAGCGCGCCAUUGGCCAUUGGUGGUGGCGUCUUGGCUGAUUGCUUCACGCCCGAGACGAGGGGCGUUGCGAUCGCGGUAUAUAGUCUCGCACCCCUCAUAGGACCUGCGGCAGGUCCUAUCGCUGGUGGCUUCAUUGCCGAGAAUACCACUUGGCGCUGGGUCUUCUGGGCAGUCACCAUCGCAGACGCUUUGAUCCUGGCAUUCGGAGUCUUCUUCUUGCAAGAGACGUGGGCACCAAAACUCCUCGAACGAAAGGCAAAGAAAUUACGCAAGGAGACCGGCAACCAGACCCUCUACGCCAGCAAGCCGCAACCGCUAUCGACGAAGCUGCGAACAUCCCUCUCGCGUCCUUUCAUCCUGCUGUCCAGCCAACCAAUUGUGAUUGUGUUCGCAAUCUACAUGGCGUACCUAUACGGCCUCGUCUACCUCGUCAUCUCGUCCUUUCCAGGAUUGUUCACCUCCCCAGCCUACUAUGGCGAGUCCACGCAAAUUGGUGGUUUGAACUACAUCACCCUUGCUGUCGGCUACUUUCUGGGAGCCCAGAUUGGCGCGCGCCUGAACGAUUGGACCUAUCGUCGACUGAAGAGGCGCAACAAUAACGUUGGUCAGCCGGAGUUUCGGAUUCCCAUGCUGUGGCCUGGCGCGAUUUUGCUGCCAAUUGGAUUUUUCUGGUACGGGUGGAGCGCGCAAGCAAGGGUUCAUUGGAUCAUGCCGGACAUUGGAGCUGGUUUGCUGGCCUUUGCCACGAUAUUCAGCUAUUACAGCAUCCAAAACUACAUCAUCGAUUGCUACACGAAGUACGCGGCCAGCGCGGUGGCUGCAAUCACGACUUUACGAAGUCUGGCGGGGUUCGGCUUUCCUUUGUUCGCUCCGUCACUGUACGACUCCCUGGGCUAUGGCUGGGGCAACAGCUUGUUAGCUUUCGUAGCAAUUGUGAUUGGGCUGCCGGCUCCAUGGCUGUUUUGGAAGUAUGGAGCACAGCUCAGAGCGAAGUCUCAAUAUGCAGCUGGUUCGUAG